GCUUGUUUGCAAAAUUUGGUAAGAACAUGACGAUAUUCCGAAGUUUACCCAUAGAAACAAUAACAGUUCUCUAUUCUUUUCAAGUAUAAAAAAGGCGCGAAAACUGAAACCGGUUUUAAAGAUGUUAUUAACCUGGCGUUUCCUGUUAUGUUUCCUGAAGCGAAGAAGGGGAAUCAGGUGAAUAUGGGGAUCAGUAGUAAGGUAACUAGUUGUUAUGGUUACUCCUAGCAAACACAAGUUUCAUCGAGCGAAUUGCUUCUUAAAAUUCAAUGGAUUGGGCCACAGAGUUAGAAAUAACCUCAAAGAAAAGAUCAAAUUUUCAGCUUUUACCUCGUCUCGGUAGACGAUCGACACAGAGUAACAUACAAGAAGAGUCGAAAUUGGAUGAUGAUCUUUUGGAAAGUCCGCUAUCGCUAUCUUCCGGGAAAUCGCAACCACCUGUAGUACCACCGCGCACCAGAAAAACCGGAUGGGGUGAUGAAUUAAAAAGUGCGAAAACCCGAGGUUCUUCGAAUAUCAUUGAACAAUCAUUUCUUAGGGAACGUUCGCGACCUACGGAAAAGGAUGAAUUGGUUGACGAUAUCCCUAUUAUACCAGAUUUAGAUGAAAUUCAAGAAGACAAUGCUUUAUCUGACAUAAAUGCGCCUACGAUUAAUGUAAAUAGGGUUGCUGCAUACAAAGAACUUGACACGGAUUUGGUAAAAAACGCUGCAUUCACGUCUCUUAACGGUGUCAAUCUUUCCUUGCUCGCGGAGAAAUUGUACAAUGAAAGUCUUGUGAAAGAACCAGACGAAGUAUGGAAUUGGAACCUUUUGUUCACUCAAGUUGCUUCUGAAGUGAACAGUGAAAUGCAGAAAAAAAUUUCUAUAUAAAUGUGUAUAAAUUGUAUUUCUAUGCAAAUAUUAUUGUCUUGAUUUUUUGCAACAAAAAGAAUUGUGUAACGCAUUUUAUCGCUAUGUAAUAUACGUUCGAAUGUAUAUCCGGUUUUCUUGGGGAAAAUGGCGUCCAAAAGGAAGAGAUGUCCACCACUUUCCAUAGGCAUUCGUGCAUUGUAAAUCGGUUUGGAACGUUUCGUAAAUGCUACCAAGUUGAAAAUAU